AUGUCAGACAGAGAAGCUUUGAGAAUUUUUUCCAGGCAGCCGGUUAGUGAAGAGAUGAUCUCAUUUUUGGCGUCUACCACUAGUUCAGUCAUUCAGGUCAAGACACCAAAGCCCCAGAAGAUGUCGAUGAAUGACAGUAACUUGUUAAUUAAUCCGGUUGGCAAGACACAUGUGCCAUUAACGGUAUUCAUCAAGAAGUUGAUCAAAUACUCAAAUGUUCAAACACCUACAUUAAUGGCUAGUUUAAUAUACCUUAACAAGCUCAGAAACAUCUUGCCAGCUAAUGCAGUUGGUAUGGAAACUACUAGACACCGUAUUUUCUUAGGUUCCUUAAUUUUGAGUGCAAAGUCGUUGAACGAUUCGUCGCCCAUGAACAAGCACUGGACCAAAUACACCGAUGGAUUAUUAUCUAUCGAGGAAGUCAAUAUGGCAGAAAGAGAGUUGAUUGGAUUAUUGAAGUGGGAUAUCAAUGUCAAGGAAGACGAACUAAUUAUGGUAUUACAGCCAUUUUUGACAUCCAUCAAAAAUAGCAUUCGUAAGAAGCAUCAAGACGAAUGUAACGCUAAGAUUAACUACUACAGAUUGUCGAACACUUACAAAUGUACUGGUUCGAGAUCUAACUCGUCUACCUCGAUUUCAUCGAUUAAGUCUUCAUUGUCGUUGAACUCAUCACAGUCCUCGUUGUCUUUACACAGCAACAGCUCGUCUAGCUAUAACUUAUCAUCGUUUGACGAGCAAGACGAAAACAUAUCACUGUCCAAGCAGGGCAGAAUCCCGUUAUCUGGUAAAUCGGUAAACACCUUAAACAUUCCAACCGAAAACGAGAAGGCAAAAUUCAUGUACAGUAAUUACAAUCAAUCUGGUAUUAAUGUGAUUAAUAAUGGAAGAAUUCUUGUUUAA